CUUCAUCUCCGCAUCGCUCCAGCAGCAGCAGCAGAUCUCAUCGCGGUGGUGACCAGGCAGGGAGCAGCGCAUAGGGAGGAGGACGUAUGUCGAUUCGCCAAGGUGCCUGGAAAAUUGAAGGAAGCGUUGCAAGGGACAGCUUUUAGAUAUUUCGGGGCCUGCCAAUUAGGACUCCGUUCAGGGUCGAUUACAUCGGUUUUUCAUUCACUCUGAAAUAGAGCCUGUUAUUUAUCCCACAAGAUGGGCAAUCGGGGAAUGGAGGACUUGAUUCCUCUGGUAAACCGAAUGCAGGACGCCUUCUCUGCCAUCGGACAAAAUGCCAACCUGGACCUUCCUCAGAUCGCAGUGGUCGGCGGCCAAAGUGCUGGGAAAAGCUCGGUUUUGGAGAACUUCGUUGGGAAAGACUUUCUGCCUCGUGGCUCUGGUAUUGUCACUCGGCGCCCCCUAGUGCUGCAGCUCAUCAACUGCCCUACUGAAUAUGCUGAGUUUUUGCAUUGCAAAGGGAAGAAGUUUACAGAUUUUGAUGAGGUUCGUCAGGAAAUUGAGGCAGAGACAGAUCGCAUCACUGGCCAAAACAAAGGCAUUUCACCGGUCCCUAUCAAUCUGCGUGUCUGUUCGCCUCAUGUUUUGAAUCUCACCCUUGUGGACUUGCCUGGGAUGACCAAAGUACCGGUAGGGGACCAGCCGCAUGACAUUGAGUCUCAGAUCAGGGAUAUGCUAAUGCAGUUUGUGACUAAGGAGAACUGCUUGUUGCUGGCUGUGUCUCCGGCCAACUCUGACCUGGCCAAUUCAGAUGCCCUCAAGAUUGCCAAGGAGGUGGACCCUCAGGGUCUGAGAACUAUAGGUGUGAUCACUAAAUUGGAUCUAAUGGAUGAAGGAACCGAUGCACGUGACAUCCUGGAGAACAAGCUUCUUCCUUUACGUAGAGGCUACAUUGGGGUUGUGAACCGCAGUCAGAAGGACAUUGAUGGCAAGAAGGACAUCACUGCUGCAAUGGCAGCGGAGAGGAAGUUCUUCCUCACCCAUCCAGCCUACCGUCACCUGGCCGAUCGCAUGGGGACUCCGUACCUGCAGAAAGUUCUUAACCAGCAAUUAACUAACCACAUCCGAGACACACUGCCAGGACUGAGGAACAAACUUCAGAGCCAGCUACUGUCCAUUGAGAAAGAGGUGGAGGAGUACAAGCACUUCCGCCCUGAUGAUCCUUCUCGCAAAACCAAGGCUCUGCUACAGAUGGUACAGCAGUUUGCGGUGGAUUUUGAGAAGUGCAUUGAGGGUUCAGGAGAUCAGGUGGACACAGUGGAGCUGUCUGGUGGUGCGAGGAUCAAUCGCAUCUUUCACGAGCGCUUCCCCUUUGAGCUGGUUAAGAUGGAGUUUGAUGAGAAAGAGCUGCGUAAGGAGAUCAGUUACGCCAUCAAGAACAUCCACGGUAUCAGAACCGGUCUGUUUACUCCAGACAUGGCCUUUGAGACUAUUGUUAAACGGCAGAUUGCAAAGAUCAAAGAGCCGUGUCAGAAAUGUGUGGACCUUGUCAUCACUGAGCUGGUCAAUACAGUCAGGCAGUGCACUAAGAAGCUGGCUCAGUACCCCAUGCUUAGAGAGGAAAUGGAGAGGAUCAUCACCCAGCACAUCCGAGAUCGAGAGAGUCGCACCAAGAAUCAGGUCAUGUUGCUAAUUGACAUCGAGUUAGCAUACAUGAACACCAAUCAUGAGGAUUUCAUCGGUUUUGCAAAUGCCCAGCAGAGAAGCAGUCAGAUGAAUAAGAAAAAGGCUGCUGGCAAUCAGGAUGAGAUAAUGGUGAUCAGAAAGGGUUGGCUGACCAUCAAUAAUAUCGGCAUCAUGAAAGGAGGAGCCAAGGAAUACUGGUUUGUCCUGACCGCUGAGAAUCUGUCCUGGUACAAAGAUGAUGAGGAGAAAGAGAAGAAGUACAUGCUGCCAUUGGACAACCUGAAGCUCAGAGAUAUAGAGAAGAGUUUCAUGUCCAGCAAGCACGUGUUUGCUCUCUUUAACACCGAACAAAGGAACGUGUAUAAAGACUACAGGCAGCUUGAGUUGGCUUGCGACACUCAGGAGGAGGUGGACAGCUGGAAGGCGUCCUUCCUUCGAGCUGGAGUUUACCCAGAGCGCAUCACUGAUAAAGAGAAGCAGAGUGAUGCUAGUGAGGAGAACGGCUCAGAUGGCUUUAUGCACUCCAUGGAUCCUCAGCUUGAGAGGCAGGUGGAGACCAUCAGGAACCUUGUGGAUUCCUACAUGGCCAUUGUCAACAAGACUGUGCGCGACCUCAUGCCCAAGACCAUCAUGCAUCUCAUGAUCAACAACACUAAGGAAUUCAUCCAUGCUGAAUUGCUGGCUAACUUGUACUCAUGUGGAGACCAGAACUCUCUGAUGGAGGAGUCAGCAGAACAGGCUCAGCACAGGGAGGAAAUGCUGCGCAUGUACCACGCUCUGAAAGAGGCCCUCAACAUCAUCGGGGACAUCAGCACCACCACCGUCUCCACUGCCAUGCCCCCGCCGGUGGAUGACUCCUGGCUGCAGGUACAAGGAGGACCUUCAGGACGCAGAUCUCCAAUGUCUAGUCCCACUCCCCAGCGUCGGGCCCCACCUGGGCCCCCUCGUCCAGGUGGACGCACUGCCCCAGGACCCCCUACCGCUGGAGCACCUCCUGUGCCAUCCAGACCCGGAGCCUCUCCUGACCCCUUUGGCGGCCCCCCGCCUCAGGUCCCCUCUCGUCCCAACCGUGCCCCACCAGGUGUCCCAAGAAUUUCUAUCAGUGACCAAUGAGGAGUUACGCAAAUGCCGUCCAAACAAAGGAAGCCCUUCUCACAGUGAGAAUCCACAUCCUUCAUUUGACUCUUAGAACCAAUCGUCCUUUCUCCUCCUCCUCCUCCUCUCUUUCUGUCUCUCCACCGCCUCUCUUUCUCUGUGCUUUUCCUCUGGCCAAGUGCAUCCUGGGAUGGCUGAAUGCAGAGCAUUACUGCAGCAGCAAGUACGUGUGAAGCGGCUGAAAGAAAAGUCCGAAAGAUAAAUGAAGAAUGCGGGAAGCUCAUUCCCUCUGUCUGUACUAUAUACACUAAUCACAUUGUAAUGGGCUUCUGAAUAAUACGCCCAGUGUGGACUUGUCAACAUAUAAAGUCACUGCAAUGUUAAUUAUACUGAAGAUGCUGUGUGGUGUUUGUGUUUACACACUAGUCAAUGUCGACUUGAUCUAUAUAGAGGUGUCACACGAGCUAAAGGUGUAAGCUUACAUUCCUGUCUGCACGCCAGUAUACAUGAUAGCAGAUACACAAAAUAAACUUCAUGAUUUUUGCACUUGUUAUGUGGUUCUGUGUGUGAAUGUAUUCUUCCUGAAAGUUUGAAUGUUAUUUGAUCCCACAGUGUUUGUUUUGGCCACAAUGUCUCUUGUGUUUUCCCUAGCAAAAUAAUAAAUCCUGUCUGAUUGAAAUGUACAUAUAUUAUAUAUAUAAAUUAUGAAGUGUCUGGUAUGAAAAAUGUCUCAGAAUUAUGUUUAUGUGAUACUUUCAAGUUGGUGCGAUUUAUUUAUUUGUUGAUGCAGUAGUGGAAAAUGUCCAACCAAAGAGAAUGGUUGGUAAAUUAAUCUGUCAGCGGUUGAAAUGUUAUUGCUGAAUAAAUUCAAGAAUCCUUCAUACCCUGACAUGAGUUUAAAUGAAUAUAGCAUCUGUUCUGACUGAGUAUAUGAUGAACAGAUUCUGUUACUGUGUUGAUGUUUAUUUGUUGUGCAUCUCUGGGAGUUGUGCUUCUGUUGCCUUGUAUCGACUUGUACAUUUCCUAGGUAUUGAUAAUGAAGUCAUUGUAUUGAAAAUGAACUGAUUGUAAAAUACAAGUUCAUGGUUAGUAUGUGUGUGUAUAUACAUACUGUAUAUGGAGGGGUCUGCGGGCAACACCAAAAUCUCCACUCUGUCGUGGAAUGGGUGUGUGUGUGAAUCUUACUGCUGCCAUAUGUAUCUUAUUGUGGUCUGGUGUCAUAAACUGGCCAGUGCAUUGUGCUGAAAUUAAAGUGUCUUUGUGUGGAAGAUAA